AUGUUGAAACUGUUGAUGUGUCUGGCUGUUGGAACGGUAACGGUAGCUCAGGCUGAUAUUAACGUGCGACUAAGGCGGCGAUCGACGUUAUAUCUGCCGUACACCUACCAGAAUGGUCCAAAAUACGAUCUCUUUGAAGUGUCAGUGGAACAGGUGUCAUAUGAUUCUGACAACAAGAUUCUCUACACAGUCGGUGACACGGUCGUGCACGCUAUCGACGUGUCUGACCCCAACAAUAUGAAGGUCGCGGCCCACCUGGAAUAUCCGGGCAUGGAGUUCACGGACGUGGAGUUCUGCGGGGGUCACAUCUUCACGGCCAUGGACAACAGAACAGACCGAGCCAAUGGCAAGAUGAUAGUCUUGAAAUACAACCCCGCCACCAAACAGAUCAAUGAAGUUCUUCAAGUUCAAGUGGGCGCUAUUCCAGACAUGGUCAAGCCGACGAAGGACUGUAAGAAGAUUGUCGUAGCCGUGGAGGGCGAGGCGUACGAGUACCCCCCAAACCACAUCACUGACCCCCCGGGACUCGUCGUCAUCGUCAACUUCCCCUGGGGUAUCGGGACCGACAUGAUAAUAUCCACGCUGGAUUUUGAACGAUUUAACGAUAGAGUACCAUUCCUGGCAGGUUCCGGCGUCCGACACGCGCACCAAGCGAACAAUAACCCCCUUUCCCACGACGUGGAACCCGAAUACAUCGCCAUCAACGCUGACGACAGCAAGGCGUACAUAAUGCUGCAGGAGAACAAUGCUGUGGCGACUGUUGACCUCGAGACUCAGACAAUAUCGGAGGUGUAUGGGCUGGGAUAUAAGAACUGGAGCUCAUUAAAACUGGAUCCAAGUGAUAAGGACGGCGGUGCCCACAUGAACGCCUACAACGUCUACGGCAUGUACCAGCCGGACACCUUCGUGCACUUCCAGUUCAAAGGCGGCAACUAUCUUGUGCUCGCCAACGAGGGAGACUCCAAGGAUUAUUCGUAUGGCGGCUAUCAAUGGUCGGAGGAGUCACGUGGUUCCGAUAUACCACCACAUGACGUGUGGCGGAAUAUCGACUACACAACACAGGCUCAACUGGGGAAUAAUACUGUGCUUGGACGCCUCAAAUUUGCUGUUAGUCCAGCGGAAAAGACAAUGUGUGUGUUGUAUUGCACAGGACGCCUCAAAUUUGCUGUUAGUCCAGCGGAAAAAGACAGUCAGGGAUUCUUGAAGGACAUGUAUGUGUUUGGCGGAAGAGGCUGGUCUAUCAGAAGAGCGGAAGACAUGUCUCUCAUCUACGACAGCGGCAACGACAUCGCAGAAAGAACACUGAGAACAGAACAUGACCUCUUUAAUUGUGAAAUCGAUAAUGUACAUAAUCGACCUGUCGAUGAUUUUGACACUAGAUCUGAUGACAAGGGCCCGGAGACUGAGUCAGUUGCAGUAGGGGAGGUAGAUGGCUACACGCUCUUCUUCGCCGCCAACGAGAGACCCGGCACCAUCUUCACAUACUCCGUCAAGGAUGACCUGAGUCAUCCGAAGUUCCAGCACAUCUAUUCCGGCAUCCCCGAGACUCGAGGAAGAACCUGGCAGCAGAUGUAUGAUGACCGGGAUCUCACGGAGAUCGACUGCGAGGACAUGAAGUUUGUCCAUGCGUCCAAGAGUCCAACAGGAAAAGCUAUCCUGUUUGUCGGAGGCUCCGUAUCAGGGACAUUGUCCAUUUUGGAUGUGGAAGUUCUCGAUUAA